CGAGAUUUGAAUUGAGAGUAUCUGAAUCAAAAACAAGACUCAACAGAGAAUUUGGGAAUCAUCCUUUCUUCUUCCUCCAUGGCAGAGUCCGGGGGAACGCCGUCUUAUGCGUUUGCAACCCUAGUGACUUCUGACCAUUAUCUGCCAGGUGCACUAGCUGUCGCAGGCGCGCUCAAGGACCUGCAUCCGUCCCCGGCUGUUUCACCGGAGGUCGAUUUCCAGACUGUCUGCAUCGUCACUCCAGAAUCCGUCGAUGUAUCUACUAUCAAGCAGCUCCGACAAGUCUUCAAUCUUGUUGUCGGUGUCGAAAUAAUUGCCCAAAGAGACGACAGUGGCCUGAAACUUCUCGGCCGGCUCGACCUCAACACUGUCCUUACAAAGCUGCAUGUUUUCCGCCUCACACAAUUCUCCAAAAUAAUCUUUCUCGAUGCCGACGUUUUGCCCGUCCGACCACUCUCUCAUUUGUUCACACUUCCCCACGAAUUUUCCGCAGUCCCCGAUGUUGGAUGGCCUGACAUUUUCAACUCCGGAGUUCUUGUUUUAUCGCCAGGCGAAGAGAAAUUCAACGAGCUGAACGAGCUUUUGAAGAGUCGGGGUACUUGGGAUGGUGGUGACCAAGGGAUAUUGAACGAAUGGCGCGGCAAUGACUGGAAUCGCCUGAGCUUUACGUACAACACGACUCCGACCGCUGCUUACACUUACGCGCCGGCCUACGCACGCUUCGGUUCUCAAAUCUCUGCCAUUCAUUUCAUUGGGCCCAGCAAGCCUUGGAAAACCCUCCCAACUCGUACUCCAUUCCAGAGCUCUCAGCGUAGCGGCAGUGAUACCUCCCGGUCAACCUCUGGGGCACUGGAAGCAUACGACUAUAAUUCGCUUGUUGAUCGCUGGUUCGCCGUUUACGACAAGCAUUAUCGCACCGAUACUACCGGGGAUCAGUUCGAUUUCGAAGUGCAGCACUAUCCUUCGGUGUGGGAUGGACAGGUUGGGGAUGCUGGCUCCUGGCACACUCAGGCUGCCUCUACUGUCGCCGCUCCGUUCAGCCUUGUGGAUCUUCGUCGCCUUGCUAUCCAGGGUCAGCCCACCAAUACAGCGGCGUCGUCUUCUGUUGGAGAAGGCCAAUAUAUGCGCUUGCCAUUGGAGGGCCGGAUUCACCUCAUGCGUCCCAAUGAGAGCGAUGCAGCCAAUAGAAAACCCGAUUCAGUCCCCCGGGUCGAUGAUUUAGCUUCUGGUCCUAAAGAAGCAUUGCCUAGUCCUCAUCUCUCUCCCAUUUCUCUGUCACUCACCCCGAAUCAUGAAGAUUCUUCUCAGGAGCAUCAACAUUCCCAGCAUCAGUCUUCGCAGGAGCUCGAUCACGGCCAAUAUCCGCAACCCAGACCGGCUUCACCGCCCAUGGUAGCAUGGAACCCGGCUUUGGAACCUCCCCCCACUGCUCCGCCGACAUCUGCUUUCCCAUCCGACACGUACUUUCCCAACAUAUGGGACCAGCCUGUCGUUCAUCAGCAGCAUUAUCGGCAAGGUCCUCGCGCAGCUUCACCUCCUCCUGACUCUGGCGCAUUCUUCCAGCCGCCACCGCCCCCGGAGAUUCCCGAGGUCUUGCGUCAGCAGGGCCAUUAUCGAGAAGUGACGGGCGGUGAGCAGGGCAUUUCGCCAACAAGCCCCGAUCGGACCAAAGUCAAGAGCGUAUUCCCUUGGGAAGAGAAGCCUCGCAAAAUGCCGGGGCGCGUGUUUCCCGCAGCUGAUGCCCCGUCGCCGUCGAUGUUCAUGAGCUCAGGUACGGAUAGUCCAAGUACACCUGAGUCUUCCGUCGCGUCGUUGCCGAGGUCUCAGCCGCUGUCCCCAUUGGGAGGACUGCCUGCGACAUUGGCGUACGUGAAUGCCUGGGAUACUGUGCCGAGCAUUCAAAAAUACGCAUCGAGACUUGUGCGCCCAUCGCAAUCGACAUCGCUGGCACCGGCAUUUGAUAGCGACGAGUGGCGCAAGGGAAAGAGUUGGGAGGAUCGAGUCGAGGCGAGCAGCAUGGAUGGAGACGACGAAGAUACCAGCGGCGACGACGACGAAUCUUUGGACGAUGCGCAAAGCUCGACACCAAUGCGUUCACGUGCGUCGUCCAUUUCGGCUACCUACAGUAUCAAGGGCAAGAAUAAAGAAUAUACCGUUACGACUCAACGCCGUUCCUCUCGCCAAGAAACACGCCGGCCAUGGACCUCAACGGCUGUUACCACCCCUGUUGACUCGAAGGCGGCGAUGGUUAGUUCGCCGAUAUCCGCCGGACCAACAUCGCCUCGCGAGUUCAACUUCGACUCUCCCACGACUAGAAACAACACUGAGGCCACCCCGCCUCCGCGAACCGCAGUUCAAGCGACUUCGCCAGCGUCGGUGCCGUUCAGCACCAACGACACUUCGCUUACGUCCCCGCCAUCCUCAAUCGGGCCGAUCUCGCCGCCCGAUGCGCCGCUCGUUCCUCCCGCUCGCAAAGGCAGUCGUGUGUGGGAUCCCGCUCGUGGAGUCGACGUCUUCAAACGCGGUUCUGAAGAAGUUCUGGCGCGUUUCCUCAAGAUGCGUUCCUGGGAAGAAGACGCCGCCGCCUGAAUGUUAUACUUUCGCUCUGCUGUAACAGUUUCCCGCAUGUUGUCGUGUCGACCCUGUAGCUAUUUGCGCAAUUGCCAUAUCAGAAGACUUGCAAUGGACACUUUGGCUGUGGAGCUGUUUUGGAGUGCCUGUCCUGAACGCGUCAAGACGCGGUCACGGGAUCGCAGACUGAUGACACCACUCAUGACGUAGCUCAGCUAUCCUGCGAGUAUAUAGGCCAACCCCCUCGGCCUUAGCUUCAUUAGCACUCAUUCAAACUCACACAUCAUGUCUACCAACGGCCAAAUUUUCAACGUCACCGAGACUGCCCACCCUUCAGAAUUUCAGACCACAGCGGCGCAGGCUCAGGUCGAAGCCAAGACUGGCACCAUCGCUCGCGAAGUCGAAGCUAACGCCGAGCAAGCGAAGGAUGCCGCAGAGGAAGCCGCAAUUGCAGCUCAGUCGAAGGGCCCUGCGCUCACUGGCCAAACUGCCACCGAUCGCCUCAUGAACGACGCUCAGAUCGUGACUGGUCAAGCUGUUGAUCAGGGCAAGCAAAGUGUGUCAGAAGUAACAACGGCAGCUUCCACCGCUGGUACUACGUACCUCGACCAGGCGAAGAACCUGGCGUCCAAUGCCGUGGCAUCUGCCCAGUCAUACAUUCCCCCUGGCUCCGGACCCAAUGGCGAGCACACUGCAACCGACGUGCUGCACGGAUUGCAGGUCGGUGCGACUGCCGCGUAUAACACGACAGUGGAGUAUGCAUCGGCUGCGGCAGGGGCUGCUCAACCCCACCUCGUAAAGGCCAAAGAUAUGGCGACGAACUACAUUUCCGGCGGGCAGGCAACAGAAACGGCCCCGGUUAAGAGCAAGGGGGUGGAUGAAGUCUAAGCUGAGAAGAUGAAGAUACCCAAAUGCAAUAUUCUACAUUUCAUUAUUCUGUAUCUGUAACGAGCUCAAAGGUUGUAUUUUCUUGCAUGCUUGGCGCUUCCAUGAGAGCUGUCUGUGACGUCAGAUCAAAUUAUCAAAGGAUCGGGAGUGACCAUCUGCAUCUCACAGAUUCUCACUCCAACUCAAACCACCACCACCUAGCUACCUUACACCUCUGCCAGCAUGGAUAUGAACACAAUGCUCGGAUUUGCCCAGAAGUUCUUGGGAGGGUCAUGAGGACAGCGUCCGUCAGGCGGCUGAGCAAAACCCCGAUGAUGAGCAAAUUUACCGUCAGGCCGCACAGCACGUCGCCCGCAACACCGAUGAGCACCGGCCUGUCUCUGACGACGAGGCAGAGGAGGCCAAGCAGGCGCACCACCAGAUCUACCGACAGGGAAACACCGACAACCUCGAGGCGAUGGGGUCUAACGCCGUCGGCGGCGCUGUCGCCACCCAGGUCAUCCAGAAGUUUAUGAGCGGCGGUGGCGGAGGCCAGGGCGGAGGUGACCUGAUGUCGUUCGCGAUGACGGAGGCCAGCCAGCUGCUCAGCGGAAGCAACAACCAGGACUUCAAGACUGAGGUCAUCCAGAAGGCUGCGAUGAUGAUUUUCAAGUCCCAGAUGAGCGGUGGAGGCGGAGGCGGAGGCGCUAUGUCCCUUCUCUCCAAGUUCAUGUAAAGAGCGGAUUGGACGAGCGAAGGAAUGAACGACUAACUGAGAGAAGCGUAAUGCUGACAUGGACUUGAAAUGUGUUUGUUGUUACAGAUGGAACUUUUUGAACUUGUUUCUGGCUGAAACCACGGCCGCAUCGCCUGAGACUGUCAGAUCGCAAGUGAGUUGACGAUCGGAACCCUCAAGGACCUCACCCAGGUACAAAUAUUUGUUUAAGUGGCCACGAG